AUGGGUCUCAGAGGGCGUCCAGUGCCCCCACCCACCCAGAAUGUGCGUCCAUUCCGUGCCUCCUCUCUGAGGAGCAACAGGUCCUCUGUUCUCACAGUGGACUCCUCCCUCUACUCUUCCCCUUUUCACUCCCCUCACAUGGUCCACCGUGCUCCCCUUGGGAGGAGAGAAUCUGGCCGAUAUCCUUCUCGCCCUGUGGCUCGAGGACGUCCCCUCAUGCAGUCCAGGAGAAGGAUGCCUCCUGCUUCUCCUCAACCGUCUCUGAAACAAAUGCGCCAUCCUGCAUCCCCACGCCUCUCACCUCGUCUUUCUCGUCAGCCCUCACCCCUUCUUCCCCCUAGAGCAGCCCAUCCACAUUUUUAUGCACCAAAAGCGCAUGUAUCUGAUCCCUAUGCUGAUCCAUAUGCUGAUCAGCUUGUGGCUCCCUCUUCUCCCAUGUUAUCUAAUGCUAUGCAGAAUCAGGCUGUCCGGCAGGCAUCUUUUUCUUCACCCCUUGGCCCAGAGGUGGUAGGCAUGGCUCCUGAAUAUGUAGAACCUUAUUAUCCCUCAUCCCCUAACUUGUCUGGCGCAAUGCAAAUCCAGGCCAUUCGGGAUGCAUCUUAUGUUACCACCCUGCAGAGACCAAUGUCACCUUAUGAGCAGCCUAUGGCUCCCUUGUCUCCCUCACUGUCUGGGGCUAUGCAGAAUCAAGUUAUACGAGAUUCAUCCUAUGUUUCUCCUUUACAAAGACCAAUGUCACAUUAUGAACAACCCAUGCCACCUUCUUCCCCAAUGCUCUCUGGAGCUCUGCAGAAUCGGGCAGUGAGAGAUUCAUCCUAUGUUUCUCCUUUACAAAGACCAAUGUCACAUUAUGAACAACCCAUGCCACCUUCUUCCCCAAUGCUCUCUGGAGCUCUGCAGAAUCGGGCAGUGAGAGAUUCCUCCUAUGUUUCUCCUUUACAAAGACCAAUGUCACAUUAUGAACAACCCAUGCCACCUUCCUCCCCAAUGCUUUCUGGUGCUCUGCAGAAUCGGGCAGUGACAGAUGCAUCCUAUGUGUCCACCCUUCAGAGGCCUCGGUCCCCAUAUGCUGCAUCUGUGCCUUCAUCUCCAAUGCUCUCUGGAGCCAUGAGACAUGGUCAGGCACUAAGAGGUGUAUCGUCUUAUCAGACUCCACAGCUUCAUUCACCUUACGGGCCAACUGUGGUUACCCCAUAUGAUUAUAUCUCUGAACCUGGCCCAGCACCGUUGCUCCAUGAUGCCCUGCUGAACCGAGGUGACAUGCAGGGUGUUUCAUCUUUACGAUCACCAAUGAUGCAACGCCGAAAUCCUUAUGCCCCGGCUGGGCCUCACCUCCAAAGCGCAUUACAGCAGAACCCUAACCUCCGCCAAGCGUCUUAUCAGACACAGCUCAGACGGUCACCUUAUGGGCCCCAACCACCCUCUUCUCCAAUGCUGGGAAGUGCCCUGCAAAAUCCACAGAUGAUGCAGGCAUCGUACCGACUGCCAGACGGAACCUUGGUGCCACCAAAUGCAAAUUCACGUUCCUCCCCUAUGCUUGGCAAUGCUUUGCAAAACCAACAACUCCGCGGCGCCUCGUACACAUUGCCUGAUGGAUCAGUUAUCAGGGACCCCCGUGUGCCCCAGAGGUCCAUGUCUCCGAACCUUUCCAGAGCUCUUCAGAACCAAGAUCUCAUGUCUGCUUCAUAUACUCUCCCUGAUGGCACAAUUAUAGAUCCCAGACAGCAACAAACUAUCUCCCCAAACCUGGCUAAGGCCCUGACCAACCCAGCUCUGCGUGAAGCCUCUUACACUCUUCCUGAUGGCACCAUCGUGAUUGACUCCAGGAAACCGAAGUCCCCGAACCUGGCCGCCGCACUUCAGAACCCUUACCUGAAAAGCUCGUCGUACACGCUGCCAGAUGGCACGAUCAUCAUCGAUCCACGGAAACCUGUCUCUCCAAACCUGUCCGGUGCUCUUCAAAGCUCUAUGCUGCGGGACGCACACUUCAAAUUACCAGAAGGAAUGCAUGACCCCAAUAUUCCCGUAUCACCACACCUGGCCAAGGCCCUCAACAACCCUGCCUUGAAAGGAGCUUCGUACACGCUCCCUGAUGGAACUAUUAUAGUGGACCCGAGGAAACCAAAGAGCCCUAAUCUGACGGCCGCCCUGCUGAACCCCUAUUUAAAGGGUCUGUCAUAUACCCUGCCUGACGGAACCAUCAUUAUUGACCCACGCAAGCCAGUUACCCCUGACCUGUCUAAGGCUCUUUUGAAUGACAACCUUCGAAACGCAUCAUACCACCUCCGUGAUGGUUCCCUGGUUAUCCCCGGCCAGAAGCCCAACCUUUCCGGUGCCCUGAGGCAAAACAAGGCACUUCGAUCCACAGGUCUCUAUCACCUGUCAGAAAACUCUGCACUGUCAGGCGUACCUAAACCCACCCCUCCCAAUCUCACCUCAGUAAUGAAGAAUGGGGAACUCCAUGGUGACAGAUACAGGCUGCCGGAUAGGUCUCUUCUGACGCGUCGGUUUCACAACCCCAGUCUGAACGACGCCAUCCAAAACCAGGAUCUUCGCUACGCCUCCUACAGGGUGCCAACGGGCCUGCAGGGGGAGGAUAACCGUUACGCUGUGAUUCCUCCCUAUGGGCCACACUCAGGCCACUGGGCCAGGAAUGCCCAAGGAGGAGGGGGGGAGGGAGGGGAGGACGUUUGGGCAGCUGAGAGGGUUUUACCACAUGGGACUGUCCAGAAUCUGACAAAGUGGGCCAUGUACAGAGAAGAUGGAGUGCUGGAAGGAUAUCUACCCACAGCUCGAUUCCUUGACGGACAACAGGACCCAGACUGGACUCCUGACAGAGACAGAGCACCUGGUCAGAACUGGUAUGACAAGAUCUUCUCCAUCCUGAGCUUGCCCACGACAGGCCACAGGGUGAAGAACUGGGCGGAGGGAAUGGAGGACAUGACACAACUGCCUGAGCUGAAUGACACCACUGUUCUGAUGAACCUGAAGAAGCGCUACGACCAGGAACACGUCUAUACGUACAUAGGCAGCAUCCUGGUGUCUGUGAAUCCCUACAAGUUGCUGAACGUUUACGGCACAGACAUGGUGCUUCAGUAUGAAGGCCGGGGCCUGGGCGACAACCCUCCUCAUCUUUUUGCCAUUGCUAACCUCUCGUAUACCACCAUGAUGGAUGCCAAAAAGGACCAGUGUAUUGUGAUCAGCGGAGAAAGCGGGUCAGGAAAGACGGAAGCUACGAAACUAAUCCUGCGUUACUUGACAGCCAUACAUCACAAACGCAACAUCACACAACAGAUAGAGAUCCUGGAGGCCAUGCCCCUGUUGGAAUCUUUUGGGAAUGCCAAAACGGUGCGCAAUGACAACUCUUCACGCUUUGGCAAAUACACGCAGAUCUACAUGGAGGAGGGUGUAAUCAGCGGUGCCAUAACGUCUCAGUACCUGUUGGAGAAGUCUCGCAUUGUCUUUCAGGCCAAAUCGGAGAGGAACUACCACAUCUUCUACGAGAUGUUAGCUGGUCUUCCUCCCCACGAGAAAACCCCACUGUAUCUGCAGGAACCUGAGACUUACUACUAUCUGAAUCAGGGAGGGGAUUGUACCAUAGAGGGGAAGGAUGACGGAGAGGACUUCAGGCGUCUGCUGAGUGCCAUGGACAUUCUGCGUUUCACCCCAGAGGAGCAGAACGGCAUCUACAGACUGCUGUCCUCUGUUCUUCAUCUGGGGAACGUUUACUUCCAGCCACACCAGGCUGAGGGUCAGAAGGUUGCGUCGGUGGUGAGUGGGCAGGAGAUCCGGGUUGUCGCUGAGCUGCUGCAGAUCUCACCCGACGGCCUGCAGAAAUCUGUCACCUUCAAACUGACAGAUACAGUGCGAGAGAAGAUCUACACUCCGCUCACUGUGGAGAGCGCUGUGGACGCCAGAGAUGCUGUUGCCAAGAUCCUGUACUCGCUCCUGUUCAGUUGGCUGACGGAGCGCAUCAACGGACGGGUCUACCCUCGCAACGAAGCCCUCUCCAUCUCCAUACUGGACAUUUAUGGAUUUGAGGAGCUACAGGUGAACAGUUUUGAGCAGUUGUGCAUCAACUACGCCAAUGAAACUUUGCAGUUCUAUUUCAACAAGGUCAUCUUCCAGGAGGAGCAGGAGGAGUACAUGCGGGAGCAGAUCGAGUGGCAGCAGAAGCCUUUCAGCCACAACCAGGCCUGUCUCGACCUCAUCGCUGCUAAGCCUCAUGGGAUACUGCGCAUACUGGACGACCAGUGCGGUUUCCCUCAGGCAACGGACCACACCUUCCUUCAGAAGUGCCACUAUCACCAUGGAAGCAACCCGCUGUACGCCAGGCCAAAGAUGCCCCUGCCGGAGUUCACCCUGAAGCACUACGCCGGGAGGGUCACCUACCAGGUGACUAAAUUCUUGGAUAAGAACUUUGACAUGGUCCGUCAGGACGUGUUGGACCUCUUCACCCAGAGCAGGAACAAAAUGGUAUCCAGUCUCUUCCUGAAGCACUCGGAGUCGGUGUCUCAGCAGCGGUCGAAUGUGCGACGCAGCAGCGCGGCACGACGCCACCAGGCCAACACGGUCAGUGCGAAGUUUCAGAGCAGCCUGCAGGAGCUACUGGAGAAGAUGGAAAGGUGUAACCCUUAUUUUGUGCGAUGCAUCAAGCCAAACCACCAUAAGGAGCCGGGAGCGUUCGACAUGGAGCUGGUCAACGCUCAGCUGCAUUACUCUGGUAUCAUGGAGACCAUCCUUAUCAGGAAGAACGGUUAUCCAAUCAGAUUGAACUUUCGCAGUUUCUUAUCGAGGUAUAAAGGCCUCCUCUGCCUCAGGGAUCUUCCGCCUGCAGACGGUGAAAACUGUGUCAUCAUGCUCCACAAGCUCGGCCCGGUGAAGAGCGGCUCGUACCAGCUGGGAGUCAGUAAGAUUUUCCUGAAAGAGGAGUUGUACCAGCUGCUGGAGGGGAAGCGUGACCGUGUGCUGCACCUCGCCGCCAUGACGCUGCAGAGAUACACUCGCAUGUGCUUCGUCCGAAAGAACUUCAUCAAGUUCCGGCGCUGCGUGACCCUGUUUGAAGCUCGCUGCAAAGGCUACGUGGCGAGAAAAAAGUUUGCUCUGAGGAGGAAGUACCUCAGAAGGUUCCGCUCGGCCGUGCUGCUCAUCGUCAGCCGCCAGCGUUACAUGAGGGUAUUGAGGGAACGAUGUGAAGUUGUUGGUUUGUGUUUGCAACUUGUGCAGGAUCGAGUCAAUAGAGAAGUGGUGAAUGUGACAACACUGCCUAUCCCUGCUGAACUGGCAGUCCUGCUGCAGGUCGCCUCAGGUGGUGAAGAGCUGCACUCUGACUGCUUGGCCGUGGUCCAGGCUCCAAAGGUUCAGGUUGACCCUCAGCUCACCCUGCCCCUGGACAUCAACAACUACCUCAUGACACACUACAUCCGGGCCAUAUUUAGGGAGCCGUUGUUCGGGUCGCUGACAGCGCCUCUGGAUUGUUCUCUGAUUAGACUGGAUGAGGAGCUGAGACAAGGAUCCCUGAACAUUUUCAGUCUGAUACUUCGGUUCAUGGGUGAUCCGAACCUGAAUGGGGCUCAGGAGAAUCUGUUUGGGAACUACAUCAUCCAGAGAGGACUGGCCAAUCCCAGCCUCCGAGAUGAGAUCCUGGCUCAAGUAGCCAAUCAGGUGUGGAGGAAUCCGAACAUCUUGAAUUCAGAGCGCGGCUGGCUCCUCCUCUCCUCUUGUCUCUCUGCCUUCCUUCCCUCUCAAAGACUGGCCAAGUAUCUGCUGAAGUUUGUGUCAGACUACGGUCCGGAGGGCUACGACUGCCUGUGUCAGCACCGGCUGCUUCAGGCUCUGCAGCGGCUGAGCGUCGGGCCCAAGUACGUCCGGACGUACCCGCCCUGUCUGCUGGAGUGGACGGCCAAUCGCAAGAGAGCUCACACCGUCCUUCACAUCCACUGCUUUGAUGGUGUGUCCUUCCUGUGUCCUCUACACUCCUGGACAACAGGAGAAGAAAUGGCCAAAGACAUCUUACAACACAGGGGGGUAGUGGAGGGCCGUCGAGGCUGGUCGGUGCUGUUGAAGGAGCCGGCCCAGUGGGUGGAGCUGGAGGGUUCUGACUAUGUCCUGGACUUGAUGUCGGACCUGGAGCUUCCUGCCGACUUCCCCAAACACAGCAGCUACUUCAUCAUCUCUGCACAGGAACCGACCAGAGUGCGGACCAAUGCUAGCAUAAGCCUGUUGGGCGGUGGCUUCGACAGAAAGGAUGAUUUCAUAUCAUCACCCAUACCCGGCUCGGAUGACUCGGAGCCCCAGAGAGGGAUGGAUCGUUAUCUCGACAGCCUGUUUGACCCUGUGCUGUCUGAUGGAACUGGGGAAGUGGAGUCGGCUGCUGGACUCUCCAGCAGGAUGAAGGGGGCCGGGGGAGUUGGAGGGGGGUGGCAACAGCAGGGGCCAUCCACAGGCCCCCCGCCUCCACCUGGAGCUGUGAGAGUCCUUCCUGUGGGAGGUGUGAUGUCGCCUCGCGUUGCAACCGUGGCACCUGUGACACCUGUGACACCUGUGACACCUGAUGCCCAGCAGGCUGCUUUGGCCCGGCAGCAGCAGGCAAUCGUGAACCAGCAGGCCAUCAUCCUGGCUCAGCAGAUGACCAUGCAGGCCAUGGCCCUGGUCAGCCCAGUGUCCAGCCCUCCCAUGACCCCGAUCACGAGCCCUCCCUCGAGUCCUCUGCCUCACCACCCUACCAGCCCAUACGCCCCGAGCCCCUACGCUGUCAUGCCUCCAAGUCCGUACGCUAACAUCCCACCCAGCCCUUACGCCAACUUCACUCCCACUCCCUACGCUGCCACACAAAUCCCGCCAAGCACCUACCCUCUCCCAGCUCAAUGGGAACAAGCUCCCUCACAGCCUCAAGCUCAGCCCCCCGCCGAGCCCCAGACGCAGCCCGGAGCUCAGCCUCAGGCCGCCAACCCCAAACCCCAGCUAAGCUCCACUCACACUAACAAGAAUGAGCCAGGAAAGCCCAGAGCUAACCCGGCCGCACAGGACAGCGCUUCUCGGAGGAAAGCUCCAGGCAUCCCCAUAAAUAAGGACCAGCCGGCCAGGAAGUUUGCCCCAGUGGUGACGAAUCCUCCGCCCCCUGCUGGAGAGGUGGUGAAGUACUCAGCUGGGACCAGAGAUCAGGUCGUCCCUAGCCAAGGCAUCCAAGAUAUCAUCAAAAGAUACAACUCACCGCCUCCACCGACAGAUCAGCUGCCCCCGGGCAAGAGGAGACCAGAGGGGAAGUUCAAGAAGAGGCAGACUGCUCAUGAUGAAGCUUUACAGAUUCUCAAACCCCAGAUGGAACAUCCUCCUGCUCCCCUGCCCAAACGCACAGCUGCCCCCCCACCCUCCACACCUGCAGUGAAAGAGGUGGGAUUAAAACCCAGCAAGAGUAUGAAGACGAGAGCACCUGAGCGUUCUCUCCCCAAACAUCCUCCAGUUUCUCGAGAGCUCCCUGUGGAGACUGAAAGCAUCCAGACACAACUUCAUCAGAGCACCAACGAAGAGCACUACACCUACACCAACGUCCCCUGGAGACUGUACCUCAGGAAGGAGGUUUUCUAUCCCAAAGACAGCUUCAACAACCCAGUGGUGCUCGACCUCAUUUUCAAACAGAUCGUGAAUGACACUCUGUCAGAGGCGUGCGUUCGCAUCACUCGUGAUGAAAGGCAGAGAAUGAAAGCUCUGUUCGCUAAACACGGGGUGGAGCAGAAUAUGGAUCCGGUUGAGGAGCACGUGAAGAAGACAGUCGUGACGGCAGCGAGGGAAACCUGGGAAAUCUACUUCUCCCGACUCUUCCCUGCCUCGGGUAGUGUAGGAACAGGUGUGCAGGUGUUAUCAGUGUCACACAGCGGAAUUAAGCUGUUGAAGACCGUAAGAAGCAGCGCUGCAGCCCCAGACUACUUCAGAGUCCUGCGACCCUACACCUACGCAGACAUCUUGUUUGUAACCAUCCCGUCAGAGAACAUGCUGGAGUUCAACCUGACCAAUGAGAAGCUGAUCCUGUUCUCAGCCAAGGCCCUGCAAGUCAAACACCUCAUAGACACCUUCAUCUGUGAGAUCAAACGGGACUCAGACUACGUGAUCGCUGAACGGAACUUUGUGACGGACGACCGCUCGAUGCUCAGUUUCCACAAAGGAGACGUUAUCAGGCUUCAGGUCAUGGACGGGCUGGAGAAAGGUUAUAGCUACGGCUGUGUGGUGAGGAAGAAGGUGGUGUUUUUGGAGGAGCUGAAGAGAGACACUCAAGACUUUGGCUGGAAGUUUGGUGCCGUGUUCGGACGCUCAGGUGCGUUUCCGGCCGAGUGCGUCCAUCCCGUUGCUGCUCCGGACUUCCUGUCACUGCCACUGGACCGUAAGGCCGAGCCUCGUGGAGGAGCCGGACAGUUUGCUGUGUCGUCAGCCAUUGCUGUUGCUGUGGCGUCCACCAUGGCUGCACACGAGAUAGAUCAGACGAUUGAGAAAGUUUCCCUGGAUGGAUUCCCUGAUGGAGAUCUGGAUGAGAGGAGCCUGCAGGACAGUAAAUAUGACAUCUUGGAGUUUGCCAGGAAAUACUUCAGACGGGGACCCAGCGGGAAGGGAGAUUCCCUGAAAGGCAAAGGCAAGAACCGAGACUCCAGGGAGCCCAGUGAAAUGAUCAAGUUCUCUAAGACUCCUCUGACCGAGUCUCUGAUAGAGUUCACGGAUGCGCACAUGAACAGAGUGGCCGCUGAUCUCUUCAUAUUGGCCAUGCGUUUCAUGGGUGAUUCGCCAUCAAGGGGACUGACGGAGCACGAGGCAGUCAGCACGUUCCUCAAGCUCAUAGGAGAGUUCACCUUGAUGCGGGAUGAGGCUUACUGCCAGCUCCUCAAACAGCUUAAUGGCAACACCAGCUCCAAACCAGAUAGUUGCCAACGAGGCUGGAGGCUGCUGUACAUCCUGACUGCUUUCCAUCGCUGCUCUGAAGUCCUGAAGCCGUUCCUCCUGAAGUACCUGCAGCAGGCCUCUCGCAGCGCUGGGGCUCAGUAUCAGGGUAUAGCUAAAGCAUGCGAGCAGAACCUGAAGAAGACUUUCCAAUAUGGCGGCCGCAUUGUUUCGCCCAACAGCAUGGAGCUGAAAGCUAUGAUGGCGGGUCGAAGUUCAAAGCGGCAGCUCGUUCUGUUUCCUGGAGGAAUCGAACGCCAUGUGAAAAUCAAAACCUGCUCUGUUGCCCUGGAGGUGAUUGAGGAGCUGUGCUAUGAGAUGGGUUUACACAGGCUGGAGGCCAUGGAGGAAUAUGCCAUAUUUUUAGUCACCAACAGAGGUCAGAAUGUGCGUCCUCUGAACAAACACGAGUACAUCCUGGAUGUUGCGACCGAGGCCGAGGUGGUCGACUCCAGCUAUAGCUUUUGGUUCAGACGAGUCGUCUGGACUCAACCGCUCAAGUUUGAGAACGAGCUGUGUGUGGCGAUGCAUUAUAACCAGAUCCUGCCGGACUACCGUAAAGGCCUUCUUAAUGUGCUCCCAGACGGGAAAGUGAGCGAUCAACAGCUCCACCAGAUCUCCAAACUGGCGGCUUUGCAGCACAGAGCCAAAGACAUGGUCUUCGUCCCCAGCAUACAUGAGUUAUCCGAGUACAUCUCCGCACCUCUGUUCAAGAAGCAGCCGCCCCAGCAGUGGAGUACCAUGGUGACGCAGCACAUGCAACAAGUGCAGGCCCUGAAUCCGCACCAGGCCCGAGCGCAGUUCAUGGGCCUGAUCAGUGCGUUCCCCAUGUUCGGCUCCUCGUUCUUCUACAUCCACAGCAGCAGCUCCACUACCUUCUAUGCCCCCUGCAUUGUCGCUGUCAAUCAACAUGGGCUGCACUUCCUGCACAAAAAUACCCAUGAGCUGAUGGUAGUGGUCCCCCUGGUGGACGUGCAGUCCAGCCGCACCCAGAGGCCCACUGCUGGAACCAGUUACCCGUAUGUCGACCUCACCCUGGGGGACAUGAACACACAACGGGUCAUUCAGAUGCAGCUGGAGCAGGGUCUGGAGCUGUGUCGAGUCAUCGCCAUGCAGGUGGAAAACAUGAUGUUAGUGCGGGAGAAGAGGCUCACCCUACCACCCAGCGAAAUCACCAUGUUAUAACACCGGGCUGAACUGUGCACACACACUUGAAAGCUCACAUACACACACACAAACACACAUGGAAAUGAAACCUGCAAAAAUAAUCUACCUCUUGACUUCAGGUGUUUGUUUUACAGCUUACUCAGUCACUAAAGUCAGUGCGUAAGUGUUUUGGUUUAAUGUAUUAUAUUUACUGCACAGAAUUCAGCCUAGAUACCAAGAAUAUGAAUAUUAUUUAAUGUUUCUUUUCAUAGUUACAACUUGAUAAUAGUUUUUCCUACUGUGGUUUUCAUUUAUUUCACAUUAAAUAGGUUUUUAUCUGUAUCUUUAUUACAGUGUUUUAUAACUGAUGUUUUUUUUAAAUUUUGUAUUACUUUUGACUAUUACACUUGAUGUUGGUGUAAAUCAUUGUUUUGUUCAACCAAUGUUCAUAUCAACCUGUUUAUUUUGUAAAAAGUUUUUAAAGAUAUAUAUGUGCACUUCUGUGCUUAUUUAUUAAAAUGAUGAAACAGCAAUAAAAAAACAAAUAUUUUAUUUCAAUCUGUAUCAGUUUGAGAUUAUAUAAUGAAAUGAUUUGUAUCAAUGCUUUGAUAAAAACAUUUAGGUUCAGAAAAGGCUUUAUCGGUUUAAGGCUUAAAUGUUCAAGCUCUCCUGCAGAAUAUUAAAUCAUUCAAA